CGAUGUGUGGAGUAGUACUCGGCAUUCAAGCGAAUGGAAUGGAUCGGUUUUCUUAGUCUCUUAAUAUUUGCGUGCACCUCGUGAAUAAAAUUACUCCGAAACAGCAGCAGCAGUUUCUUUUCCUCAUUUCGUUUUAAUUCGAAAGUAACCGUGUGGGCGUUUCAAGAUAUAGAGAAGAGAGGAAAUAAAUUAAAAUAGGAAAGUAUCGACCAAACUACGAUUACGACGUUGUUGAAAAGGAGGACCCAACGUUGAUCGAAAGAAAGAAAGAAAGAAAGAAUUAAAUGAACCACAAAUUAUACCCUUUUCGUAACAUACACGUAGAGUCAAUUUAAAAAAAAAAGAAACAUUUCAUUGAUCGAAGAAUAAAAAUGAGUACUAUAUUAAAGGCAUGUACAUUUAUUUCAAGAAAUUCUUUAUCCACCACCACAGCAACAACUAUGAAAACUAUGUUGAAUUUGAAUAAAUUGGGCUUACCCGUUAUCAGUGUUAAUAAAUUUCAUCAUACGCCUGAUGGAAGAGCUGCUAAAGUAUCGGAUGCAGUAUCUAAACAAUAUCCUCUGGUGGAUCAUGAGUACGAUGCAGUUGUUGUUGGUGCAGGUGGUGCGGGGUUACGUGCAGCUUAUGGAUUGGUGGCAGAAGGUUUUAAAACUGCAGUCGUUACCAAAUUAUUUCCGACUAGAUCACAUACCGUAGCUGCCCAAGGUGGUAUUAAUGCUGCUUUGGGUAAUAUGGAAGAAGACAAUUGGCAAUGGCAUAUGUAUGAUACUGUCAAAGGAUCUGAUUGGCUUGGAGAUCAGGAUGCGAUACAUUAUAUGACACGGGAAGCUCCUAAGGCGGUCAUUGAAUUAGAAAAUUGUGGUAUGCCGUUCAGUCGGACUUCUGAUGGAAAAAUCUACCAGCGUGCUUUCGGAGGUCAAUCAUUAAAAUUUGGUAAAGGAGGUCAAGCUCACAGAUGUUGUUGCGUCGCUGAUAGAACAGGACAUUCUCUGUUGCAUACGCUCUAUGGACAAUCUUUGAGUUACGAUUGCAAUUAUUUCGUCGAAUACUUUGCAUUGGAUUUACUUAUGGAAGACGGAGAAUGCAGAGGGGUCAUUGCACUUUGUCUAGAGGAUGGUACGCUUCAUCGAUUCCAUGCUAAAAAUACAGUACUAGCAACAGGGGGUUAUGGACGUGCGUAUUUCUCUUGUACGUCGGCACACACAUGUACAGGAGAUGGUACAGCAAUGGUAUCAAGAGCUAACUUACCUAAUCAGGAUUUGGAAUUCGUACAAUUCCAUCCAACAGGAAUUUAUGGCGCGGGUUGUUUAAUAACGGAAGGUAGUCGCGGAGAAGGUGGUUAUUUAGUGAACAGCGAAGGUGAAAGGUUUAUGGAACGUUACGCACCAGUUGCUAAAGAUUUAGCUUCAAGAGACGUAGUCUCGAGGUCAAUGACCAUAGAAAUACGCGAGGGAAGAGGCGUUGGACCCGAUAAAGAUCACAUUUAUUUGCAAUUACAUCAUUUACCACCUGAACAAUUGGCUGCUAGAUUGCCUGGCAUAUCUGAAACCGCUAUGAUAUUCGCUGGAGUAGAUGUAACACGAGAACCGAUACCUGUUAUACCGACUGUACACUAUAAUAUGGGCGGUGUACCAACCAAUUACAAAGGUCAAGUGUUAACUAGACAUAACAACGAGGAUAAAGUUGUACCUGGAUUAUAUGCAUGUGGUGAAGCAGCAUGUGCCUCGGUUCACGGAGCUAAUCGACUUGGUGCAAAUUCUUUACUCGAUCUCGUUGUAUUUGGUCGAGCUUGCGCUAAGACAAUUUCACAAGAAAAUAAACCUGGCGAGACUGUAGGACCUUUGAGAGCAAAUGCCGGUGAAGAAACAGUUGCAAAUUUGGAUUGGAUUAGAAAUGCUAAUGGUAGCGUUCCCACUGCUGAAUUAAGACUGAACAUGCAAAAAACUAUGCAAACACAUGCUGCAGUAUUCAGGGAAGCUCAAACUUUGCAAGAAGGAUGUCAAAAGAUGUCGGGAAUUUAUAAGAAGAUGGACGAUUUGAAAUUAUCCGACAGAUCGCUCAUAUGGAAUUCUGAUUUGGUGGAAACAUUAGAAUUACAGAAUUUAAUGAUAAAUGCUAUGCAAACGAUAGUAAGUGCAGAAAAUAGAAAAGAAAGUCGAGGAGCUCACGCUCGUGAAGAUUUCCGAGAUAGAAUCGACGAAUACGAUUAUAGUAAACCAUUAGAUAAUCAACAACCUAAAUCAUUAGAUCAACAUUGGAGAAAACAUACUCUAACGACUAUUAAUCCUAGAACAGGAGAAGUAUCUAUUACGUAUAGGCCAGUAAUUGAUAACACGCUUAACGCACAGGAAUGCGCAACAGUCCCACCAGCAAUUCGUUCCUAUUAGAUAACUACUAAUCAUUUUUAAUUUAACAUCCACAAAUUCACUUUAUCAUUUGAACAACAAAAACAAAAA